AUGGAUCCAUCCUCAUCUUCUUUUUACAACUACGAUAUAGAGGCUGCAAAAAGAAGUAUAUACUAUUUUAAAUUAAUUUAAUUCUGAAGAAUUUCAUUUAAUAAAAAUGUAAUUUUUAAAAUAAUUUCACUAUAAAAUACUAUAAAAUGUGACUCAUGGUUAUUUUUAGUGCUAUAUUUUAUUCCAAACCUCCUGACUAUUUUUACAGGUAUCCACAAAUACUCUAUUGAGCUUAUUUUUUGGAUCUCUAUUAUAUACUCUCCCUAUGGUUAAGUAAAAACGCACCCACCCGCUUACGUUCUAACUAUAUUUAAUAAGAUUUGAAACGAUAUAAUUAAAUAUGGCGUCUCAUCUCGGAUUAGAACUUCUAUAAACCAACUUCUAGUAUAUAUUUAAUUAUACUUGGCUAGAUUUUUACUAGUUCAGAAAAAGCAGUAAAGCUAAUAUAGGUAAAGCCUUAAGGCAGCCAGAUAUUGACUAUCUAAUGGAAAGCUCCUCUCUUCAGCUGGUUGGGACAACUCAGGCUUGUCAAACCAACUGAACUAACUAGAGAGAAGCUCGUCAUUUGAUAACUCAUAUCUGGCUAUAUAUAGACUUUGCCUAUAAACUAUUUGCAGAUGGCAGAGUCUGUUUUUUAAUUUUUUUAGAAUUUAGUUUUUUUUUCCUCACGGAAGAAGGAUUGCGAAACAGGAAAGGGCAAGGCUAGCAAAAGUCUGAAUGCGCACCAGGCCUGUCAGGCAAUUAUCCAGCGCGGUACCAAGAGUUGCACCAUUGGCUUCUAGUUUCCCUUUUCAGCCAAAGUUGACUAGAAAAUCUGUUUUCAAUUUUCUGGUAGAAACCUGUGUGAACUCAAUCAGCAAGCCUUCAAGUGCCUAAGCUGUGCACUCUAGGUUUCUGAAGCUGCUUAAUAACCAGGCUGGAGGAAAGAAAUACUAUCUUGUUGUUGUCGAUACCCUAGGGAGCUUGUACACAGCUGAGCGAACCACACAAAGCUGCACCUUGGAUGAAGACUUUAAACAAGAAGCACGAUUUGCUAAUUAAGAAUAAGAUUAAAUUUGAAACUAUAUAAUAUAAUUUUCAAUGCCAUUUUUUAUUAUCUAAUUUCCUAGAUACACUUUUUUUUAGACAGGAAUUCAUUAAAAUUAUAGAUAAGCAUCUAUGAAUAAAAAAGAUAUUAGGAUUAUAAAUUAGUAAACCAUAAAUAAAAAUUCAUUUAAAAAAUGCAUAUGAUGCACUAAUUAAAUAAGCUUUAGAUAAAAAUAGAUAAGUAAAACUAUUGCAGAUGCUUAAAUUUAUUAAUAUAUUGACUCAAGCCUAAAAAUAAUAUCAAAUUCCGUUUACUAAUUUUAAAAAAGCUAUCUAUUAUUCCUAUUAUGAAAUUAAUUAUUUUUCCUUAAAUUAUUUGGAAGCUUUUAUAUUGAGGUCCCAUUUAUAUUUAAUCAAAGACGGAUAAAAUUCAAUUCCAUCCCUACUGACUUGCAGCUGUCUUAGGAUUUCUUGCCUCAUCGAAAGAAAUGUGUUACCUAAACUGCUAUUCUGGAAUGCUAAAGUGCACUUUAAUAUACAUCAUUACAGGCACUACAAUAGUUGUAUUGAUUUUUAUUUUUCUGCUAUUUGCAGUGAGUAGAGACCAGUCCGGGGGAAGGAUGGCGGCUGAUAUUUCCAUAGUUGUGCUUUUAUUUUUUUUAGCAUUUCUAUGCUUAGUAUACUCAGUUUCAGCGAUUAUUUUAUGGUGUUUUGCAAACAAGCAUGCAAAUAGCUUAAAAGACUUAAUAAAGUAUAAUAAAAACAUUGAAGAUUUUAUAUUAUUUAAUCUAUCAAAAUUUUAUUAUUAAUAAGUUUAGCCAAAAUAUUAAAAUUUUCUUUCCGCUUUAUAUAGGAAUAUCAAGAAAAGUCCAGUAUUUCCAAAAUCCAAAUAUGACAGGAGGAUUAUCUACUAAUGGCCAGUUCUUCCCUGCAUCUGGAAUAGAAAUUGGUAAAUAUCCUCAGCAUUAUGCUCAAUAUUAUCCUGACAACAUUGUAAUAGCUUAA